AUGAGUAGCCUCAUCCGCUUCCUCUUCUCCCUCGCCGCCGCCAUCGCCGCGGCCUCCCUCCUCGCCGCCUCCCUCCGCCGCCGCGCGCAGCCGUCCCGCCUCCCCGACCUGUUGAAUCCCGGAACCAUGGCGGCCCGCAACCGGAGCUUCGUGCUGUGGCUGCACGGCCUCGGCGACUCCGGCCCCGCCAACGAGCCCAUCCGCACCUUCUUCACCGCGCCGGAGUUCCGCCUCACCAAGUGGGCGUUCCCCUCAGCCCCCAACGCCCCCGUCUCCUGCAACCAUGGCGCUGUGAUGCCCUCUUGGUUCGAUAUCCACGAGCUACCCAUGAGCCCUGGUUCGCCACAAGACGAGAGUGGCGUUCUGAAGGCUGUGGAGAAUGUGCACGCCAUGAUCGACAGGGAGGUAGCUGCUGGCAUUCAUCCCGACAACAUAUUCGUCUGUGGGUUCAGUCAAGGAGGUGCUUUAACUUUAGCAAGUGUUUUGCUCUAUCCGAAGAAGCUAGGUGGUGGUGCGGUGUUCAGUGGCUGGGUGCCUUUUGGUUCGUCUCUGAUUGAGAGAGUUUCUGCUGAAGCAAGGAAGACACCUAUUCUGUGGUCACAUGGAGUGGCUGACAGAGUGGUAUCAUUUGAAGCUGGUCAAGCUGGCCCUCCAUUUCUGCAAAGUGCUGGUAUGAGUUGUGAGUUCAAGGCAUAUCCAGAUCUGGGCCACUCGAUUGCGACGGAAGAGCUAACCUCUCUUCAGGCGUGGAUCAAGGGUCGCCUGAAAGCAUCUCAGGAUAAGGAAAGCUAGUGGUGUUCAGUUUGGGCUGCUACCAGUUACCCACUAUGUCAAACCAGCUAAUGCAGCCGUAAUCAAGUUGUAUUUGUUAUCCAUGAAUUUAGAUGAUCCUAGGUAUUCUUGAGACACUGUCGUGCUCAUCAAUGUGUCGACUGAUAUAUGACUGUGGAAUUGGGGUACUACUGCCUUUUACGUUUCUAAGUUUGACCUGCUACCUGAAGAUCGUUGAAGAACUUUGUAGAUACCUUCUCUUAUUUAUUUCACAGAUUUUGUCUUUCGGUGC